AUGCCCUUCCCGGAGACACAAAAAAAUGAGCCCAUUGCUCUCAUCGGCAGCGCGUGCCGAUUCGCUGGCGGGUGUAACUCGCCCUCUCAGUUGUGGGAGCAUCUCCGGGCACCACACGACAUCCGCAGCGAGAUUCCCGAUAGUCGGUUUAACGCCAAGGGCUACUAUCACCCAAACAGUUCUUCCCAUGGUCACACCAACGUCCAGUUCUCAUAUGUGCUGGACCAAGACCCAGGCGCAUUUGACGCCGGGUUCUUUGGUGUCAACCCAAUGGAGGCAAAGUGCAUUGACCCUCAGCAGCGGAUGCUCCUAGAGACGGUAUACGAAGCUGUUGAAUCCGCGGGUCUGACUACUGAGGGCUUGCGAGGGAGUGAUACUUGCGUCUACGCUGGAAUUAUGCGGAAUGACUACGAGAUAUUAGGGCUUCGCGACAUGGACCACUUGGGGCCUCAGAGUGCAACGGGGAUUAUGCAAACAGCUGCAUCAAGCCGAGUCUCAUAUUUCUUUGACUGGCACGGCGCCUCGCCUUGCGUGCUGGCGACUCACGCGUCGCCGUUGCCUGCGGAACCAACCUUACCCUUGGUCCAGAACCACGCGGAUGGCUACGGGCGAGGAGAGGGUGUGGGAGCCAUCAUCCUCAAGACGCUCGCUCAGGCGGUUGCAGACGGGGAUGACAUUGAAUGCAUUAUUCGGGAAACUGGCAUCAACCAGGACGGAGCAAGUGCCGGACUAGGUGCGCCCAACGCCGACGCACAGGCGGCCCUGAUACGCAGCGUAUACACCAAAGCUGGUCUGGAUGCCAGGAAUCCAGCACAUCGACCUCAGUUUAUCGAGGCUCAUGGGACCGGAACGCCAGCUGGCGAUCCGGCCGAAGCCGAAGCCCUGAGCACUGCAUUCUUCGGCCCAGGCGAGGACGCAGGCGACAGCCCUAUAUAUGCCGGCUCAGCCAAGACAUUUCUGGGCCAUACAGAGGCCACAGCCGGCAUCGCGGCACUGGUCAAGUCGGCACGAGCAUUGCGGAAGUCCAUCAUUCCUCCCAACCUCCACUUCAACCAACUCAACCCGGCCGUUGCACCCUUCUAUGGGAACAUCCAGAUUACCAACACGGCCAAGCCCUGGCCGACUCCAUCCCGGAACCAGCCCAAGCGAGUCAGCGUCAACGGUUUCGGCCUCGGAGGGGCCAAUGCUCACGUCAUUCUGGAGAGUUACGAGGAACCAGCCCUCGUUGAGGACUGCCGAACCCCCUUCGCGCCCUUCGUCUUUUCGGCCCAGUCGAACGCAAGCCUCCGAGCCAACCUCUCGGCGUACCUCGCGCAUCUGGAUGCUCACCCCGAGACCGACCUGGGCGAUCUGGGCUUUACACUGCGAGAGCGUCGGUCUGCCUUCCAACAUCGCGUUGCGUUUGCAGCGGCCUCGAUAGAGGACCUAAAGUCCAAAAUGCGCGACAGUCUAGAUCCUGGCAAGGAUGACGAUCGCAUUCUCGGCGUCUUCACAGGCCAGGGAGCACAAUAUCCCCGCAUGGGGGCUGAGCUGAUUGAGAAGUCGCCGCUGGCUCGACAAAUUGUCCAAAGGCUAGAAUCAUAUCUGGCCGAGCUCCCAGCCGAGGACCGCCCAACCUGGUCGCUCGAGGCUGAGAUGCUGGCUGACGCUUCCGUCUCUCGUCUCGGCGAACCCGACGUUUCACACCCGCUCUCCGCAGCAGUGCAGAUUGUUAUGGUCGAUGUCCUGGCCUCGGCAAACGUACGAUUUGAUGUCGUGGUUGGCCAUUCGGGCGGCGAGGUUGCCGCAGCCUACGCCGCCGGUUAUCUGAGCGCUCGUGAUGCCAUGUGCGUGGCGUACUAUCGGGGAAUGCAUUGCAACAAGUCCUCAAGUCCCAAUGGAGAAGGGAUAAAGGGGGGCAUGCUGGCGGUAGGGACCUCUCUAGAAGAUGCCACGGAGCUGUGUAAGGCAGACGAGUUCGUCGGCCGCAUCACGGUGGCAGCGAGCAAUUCGUCGACAAGCACAACCAUCUCUGGAGACGAGGAUGCCCUCGAGGAGCUGGCCGUCAUCAUGGAAGACGAGAAUAAGUUUCACCGCCGGCUAAAGGUUGAUCAAGCCUAUCACUCAAAGCACAUGCUGCCUUGCCGGGAGUCCUACAUAGAGUCGCUCAGGCGCGCGGGCGUCAAGUCAAAGCAAGCCGGGGAGAUGACACGGCGCACCACCUGGUACUCCAGCGUCAACGAAGGCAUGCUUAUAGAUCCGUCCAGCGACCAGCUUGGCGAUCUAUACUGGUCCCGAAACAUGGUACAGCCGGUGCUCUUCUCCCAGGCCCUUGCCUCGGCAGUCGAGGCCGCCAACAGUAGCGGUAGACCGCUUGCGGCCGCCGUUGAGGUCGGGCCUCAUCCGGCACUUGCAGGCCCCGCGAGCCAAGUUGUCCAGGAGGUUCUUAACACCAGGCUGCCAUACCACGGCUGUCUCCAACGCGGGACUGAUGCUCAGCAAGCUUUCUCCGCAUGCUUGGGCUUUCUUUGGCAGCACCUUGACCCGGCGACGGGCGUGCCGAGCCUGCAACACUGCGAGGUCGCGCUCUCGUGCCGCGAGCAAGAGACGCCGAGGUCAAAGGUGGUCAAAGAUCUGCCAACCUACCGGUGGAACCACGAAGCCAGGCACUGGUACGAGUCGAGAAAGUCUCGGCGUAUACGGCUUCGCGAUCAGCCAUACCAUCAACUGCUGGGGCACAUGUCACCCGACAGCGAGCCCCACGCAUUGCGGUGGAGCAAUGUCUUGAAGGUCAGCGAGCUGCCUUGGCUCGAGGGACAUAGAGUACAGAACCAGAUCUUGUUUCCCGCUGCUGGUUUCGCGUCAACGGCUAUCGAAGCGGCACGCUUCCUAGUGCCUGGCCAGGAAUGGACCAGUAUCCGCAUGGUUGAACUGGACAGUUUCAACAUUCACCAUUUCAUCUCCUUUGACGAAAACGACACGGGCGUUGAGGUUCGCGUCGAGCUCUCACAAGUCUCUACCGCAGCUCCCAACUGCAUCAGGGCCAACUUCACAUACUUGGCGGCCAGAAGUCUCGAUGACGAUAUGGAUCUCCGGGUAGUAGCUGAGGCACAACUCAAAGUCUGCCUGGGGGAGACCGCUCUCGACCUGCUACCGCAGCGUCCGCCGACGUUGCCACACGUCAUUCCUGUCGAGCCUAGUCGGCUUUACGAUUUCUUUCACAGUCUCGGGUUUAACUUCUCGGGACCUUUCUGCUCCCUGACUUCAAUCGAGCGCAAGCUCGACAAUGCAUUCUGCGUCGCCAAGAAGGCGACAACGUCUUCGGUUGGGCGCGAUGAGGCUCGUCAACUGCUCGUCCAUCCAGUCGACCUAGACGCUGCGUUUCAAACUACUGUGGUCGCAGUCGGAUACCCUGGCGAUGGCGGAUUGUUCGCCUUGCAUGUGCCUACAACCAUCGAGGUUAUGAGAGUCAACCCUGCUCUUCUGGUCCUUGAGAGAUAUCUCAGGAGCGACUACCACGACAUAAACUGUACAAUACAUAUCCCUCGAGACCUACAAGCACCCGGAACCGGCUUCUAUGGGGACAUCAACUUGUACCCGUCCUGUUCAGAGACGGGGCAGUCCUGCGCAGCUAUCCAGGUGAUGCAGAUUCAGUUCAAACCCCUUAACGCAAACGAACACAGCGAACGAACCAUUAUCUACACAACGCACUGGAUCCCAUCAAAAGUGGACGGCGUUGCUGCCACCUCGAGUCCUCGCAUUACGAAACAUGGCCGGGAGCUCAGGGCGGCCGUGCUGCGGAUGUCUGCCUUCUUCCUUAGACAGCUUGAUGACGCCGUUCCCACCGACUCCCCAGAAAGGCAGCGAGGCUCCAAUCGUCACUAUCUCAACUUUGCUCGGCAUACGACGGCGCUGUGGAGGCGCGGAGGGUACCCGUGGAUGAAACAGGAAUGGCUCAACGAUAGUCUUCAAGACGUGGAGGACGACAUCAAGGCUAAAGGGGUGGGAGGAACAGUCGAUGUCCGGUUGCUGCGCCAAGUGAACGAGAAUAUGCCCGAAGUCUUAAGGGGGGAGACGAAAAUGCUGGCUAAUUUCCGCAAUUCACGACUCCUUGAAGAAUACUAUAAUGAUGGCUUUGGGGCCAAGCAAACAAGCCUUUGGACAGCUAACGUAGUCAAGCAACUGACGGAUGUCAAUCCUCACCUCAGGAUCAUGGAAGUUGGCGCUGGGACCGGCGCCACCACGAAGCCAAUCUUGAAUGCCAUUGGCCACGAUUUUGACGAAUUCACCUUCACCGACAUUUCGACCAGCUUCUUCGAGAACGCGGCCGAAAUCUUCACGCCAUGGAGAAACCAAAUCACCUUCAAGACGUACAACGCCGACAGGGACCCCGUGAAGCAAGGAUUUCGGGCGGGCGAGUACGACGUUGUCAUCGCCUGCAUGGUGAUUCACGCCUGCAUCAGGCUAGAAGAGGCGAUACGGCAUUUACGCACGUUACUCAAACCCGGCGGCAAGCUAAUCCUCGCGGAAUCUUCCGUUGAUAGCUUCAGGUAUGUCCAUGACGGGUUCGUAUUUGGGACUUUGGCGGGCUGGUGGCGAGGCGUAGACGAGGGACGUAUUCUGAGUCCCCUGGCGAGCGUCUCUGAGUGGGAAAGCAUCCUAAAGCGCACCGGCUUUUCAGUUAUUACUGUAGAUGCGCGGGUUGACUUCAUCCGAGAUCCCAUUUCCGCCGCGGCCGCCAUGGGACCGAUGUACGGCAAGGUGGUCGUCCUGGGAGGGGUGAGCCUGCCGAUAGCCAGGCUGGCUCGAGAGCUCGCAGGCAUCCUCAGGCCACUUGUUGGCACUAUCUUGAGUUACAGGAGACUAGAGGAUAUGGACGAUCAGGGUGAUGAUGACCACGAUACAACCGUCGUCAGCUUAACGGAUCUCGAGCAGCCCGUGUUCAAGGACAUGACACCCGAGAGGUGGUAUAAGCUCAGGCGCCUGUUUCAGAUGGAAAAGACUAUCCUAUGGCUCAGCAGCGGCCGUCUGCAAGACGAGCCGUACUGCAACAUGGCUGUCGGGCUUGGACGCUAUGCGGCCCGGGAGGAGAGCAUUCGCCUGCAAUGCCUCGAUGUCGCGGACCCCAGCCAAAUCGGUGCUCGCGCUGUCGCCGAGACGCUUCUACGCUUCACCAACACGAGCCUAGACGAUGAGGAUCUGCUGUACACCAAGGAGCCUGAGAUAGUUAUGGACGCUGAGGGGCGUGAGCUCGUGCCUCGGCUGUUUCCUGUCCCUGAAGCCAACGACCGUAUCAACUCGGCCCGGCGGCGGGUGUUCCACCAGGUCGACAUGAGUAGGUCGGUAGUUGAGCUACAGCAGCAUCGCCUCGGCUGUCACCUGAGGGAGCUUUCUCGAUAUGAGACGUCGAAAAGCCUUGUAUCGCACGACUCGUCAAGGAAUAGUAUCCAGCUCCGCACCACCCACUCCAUCCUGUCUGCCUUGAGGGGACCAGCUGGGUGCCGCUUCAUCGCUCUCGGAGUGGACCAAGGAACUGGAGCUCGGUAUCUGGUAUCGAUCCCUUCGCUUGCCUCUGUUCUCAGAGUCGACAAGGAAUCCGCUGUGGCUUGCAACAGCCUCUUUGGAUUGUCGGAAGUCGCCUUCCUUUCGCGAGUCGCUGCUCAUCUGGCUUCCAUGGCUAUUAUCGACCCCCUCCAUCCAGGGCAGAAGGUUCUUGUCCACAACGCCACUGCCAUGAUCGCCGCGGCCAUAAACACCCAAGCCUCACGAAGGGGCGUCACAGUGACAUUCUCGACAGACUCGGCCGACAAGGAAGCUCCAGAUUCGUGGAUCAGACUUGCACCGUUUCUCGGGUCCUCUGACAUCGACCAGGUGGUGGCCGCCGACACAGCCUGUUUCGCCGGGUUUUCCGUCGUUCCUUCAGAAAAUGAGCUCGUCUUGGCUUCUGGCCUCUCGUCACAGUGCCGCACAGAGACUUUCCAGACCAUACUUUCUCCGAAGGGAGACGACGCAGGCGAGGCGUUCCCUGCCGGCUUGGUCAAGCACCAUCUGGAGCGAGCCUUAGGCUACAUUCGCGACGGUGAGGGAAGCAACCCGGUCGUUUCCGAGAAGGUCAGUCUGGAGCUCCUCGUCGCCGAGCAAAGGCCCGCAGAUCCCCUCGCAAUCGUCGAUUGGACUGCAUUGCCGGCAUUUCUACCCGCCCGGGUUGAGAGUUUCGAUUCUCGGCCAAUGUUUAAAAGUGACCAGACAUACUGGCUCGUAGGUCUUUCAGGAGAUUUUGGCGUAUCUUUAUGCGACUGGAUGAUCAAGGGAGGCGCGAGAUAUCUUGUCCUUUCCAGCAGAAACCCAAAGAUCGACCCUGGCUGGAUCGACGACCAUGCGAGACGAGGCGCUAUGAUCAAAACAUACUGCUGCGACGUGACCGACGAAGAGGCCAUCAAGCGUGUGCAUCAGACCAUUGUUGAAGCUCUCCCGCCUAUCGCUGGACUGAUGAACGGCGCCAUGGUACUCAAUGACGUCUUCACACGCAACAUGAGCUAUGAUCAAGUAAUGGAGGUGAUCAGGCCAAAAUUCCUUGGAACCACCUACCUGGACCGCCUUUUCCACGACGUCAAUCUCGACUUUUUCGUGCUAUUCUCCUCCGUGGCAACUAUCGCCGGGAGCGCCGGCCAGGCAAAUUAUGCAGCAGCAAACAUGGGCAUGGUUACUGUGGCACAAAACCGCAGAGAGCGUGGUCUCCGCGUGUCUACGAUCCACCUGAGCCCUGUUAUUGGCCUGGGCUAUAUAGUCCGUUCCCCUCGUUAUCUGAACGCGAUGCUUGACGAGAAGACGUUGAUGCUCAUAUCCGAACAAGACUUUCACCAGCUUGUUGCGGAGUGCAUCGAGGCGGGAUACCUGGACAACCCGGCAGGGCCCGAACUAUGGGUUGGGUUAGAUGAUGUAGCGCUAAAGCGACUCCAGGGCCCUGGCUCGUGGCUUUCUGAUCCCAAGGUCGCCCGCUUUGCUGGUCAAAAUACGGUCGAGUACAUCAACGGAAAUAAUAAGACCACCUCGGUGAGCAUCGGAGAUCGUCUACAGACAUGCAGGUCGGAUGAGGACGUCCUCGGGGUCAUCAAGGAAGCCCUUGGUACUCAACUGCGCAAAGCCUUGCUGGUGUCAACAAGUGACGAUGACCUGAUGAGGAUGGGCGGCGUCGAGCUCGGUUUCGACUCCCUCGUCGCGGUCGAUCUCCGGACUUGGAUGAUCAAGAACUUUCAGGCGAACAUUCCAGUGCUGAAAAUGAUGGCGAGUGAUUUUCAUAUGUCCACGUUGGUGGACCUGACGUUUGCGGAGAUCCCGGCCGAGUUGAUUCCGCACGCUCGAGCCAGUCCUCGUCUGUCGACCGUCGCGAGGGGGGGCAAACAAGCUGAAGGAUAG